AUGAACUUGCUCAGGAAGCUUGUCAGACCGCUGACGGGUGUGCCAUGCCGACUGAGACACUAUUCCAGCAGUCACUUGGGCUUCACAACGCCUCUGCCGGGCCCCAACGACCAUGUUUAUGUGGCUAUGAGUGCUGGGGUGGACUCCUCCGUGACUGCUGCUUUGAUGGCUGAGAGGUACAAGGGGAGAGUUACUGGAGUGUUUAUGCGAAACUGGAGCCCCGACUCCAAAUGUGCUGAAGCUGACUGGAACGAUGUGCAGCAAGUCUGUGCUCAUAUCGACAUCCCAGCCGUGAAUCUCAGUCUGGAGAAGGAGUACUGGCUCGAGGUGUUUGAACCCAUGCUCGAGAGAUACAGACAGGGCCUGACGCCCAAUCCGGACGUUAGUUGCAACAGAUACAUCAAGUUUGGUUCUCUCAAACACAGACUCAAGGAUCGGCAUGAAAACAGUGGCAUGGAGGGAGACUGGUGGCUUGCCACAGGUCAUUAUGCUCGAGUCAUGACAGACGAGUCUGGCACCCCUGGAUUGUUCAGACCCAAGCAUCUGGCGAAAGAUCAGAGUUAUUAUCUUUCUUCAGUGAACUCCGACUCGCUCAGAAACGUCAUGUUCCCCCUAUCUGACUAUCUCAAGCCGGAGAUCAGAGAGAUGGCCCACGCCUACAAACUUCACGUGGCGUCCAAACCUGACUCUCAGGGACUGUGUUUUGUGUCUCAGGACCAGCGCAAGUUUCGCGACUUUCUAAGCGAUUACAUUUCCACUACUCCUGGUAAUGUGAUUACUGAGGAGGGAGAAGUGGUCGGUCAGCAUAACGGACUAUGGAAUGCUACUGUGGGCCAGAAGUCUGGAAUCUGCCUUCCCCAGGGCAACCCCAAGUACCGUGGUUCGUGGUUCGUCAAGGAAAAGAACAUUGACACCAAUGAACUGGUUAUUGUCAAGGGAGGAAACCAUCCCAGCCUCUUUAGCUCGAACAUCAAGGCUAAGUACUUUUCCUGGCUGGGUACCAAGCCAGCCGAUUUGAGCGGAAUGAAUCUCACCAUUCAAUUCCGAUCUCUCAUGGAGCCCGUGGCCAUUACAAAUUUGGCUAUUGAAGGAGAGGACAUUGCAAUUAGGACAGCCGUGCCAGUUCGGGCGGUUAGUCCUGGUCAAAACCUCGUGUUGUACCACGAGGAUCGGGUUUUGGGCUGCGGAGUGAUUGUCUAA